CCCAUGUCAUUGUCAACAUUCAUAAAUAAAAUUAGCUUUUUAGCAUUGUCAUUUUUACUGCAUUUUUCAAGAAAUAAAGCGUAUAAACAUUGUAAAUACUGUUUUAAAUACAUUAGUAGUUUAGUUAAGUAAUCUCAAUAACUAAUAAUAAUAUUGAAGAUCUCAAGUGUGUGACACCGAUUUUCGUCAUGGAUUCCGAAAACCCCGUGUUGUUUCUUGACGAAGUGUCUCCAGAUCAGAUAGAGGUGGAAGUAGAAACAAGCGAGACUUUCCUGUUUGAUCCGUUAUUGGACCACAAUUAUAACUUAACUGAACCAAGGCCACCAUCAAAGAUACCCAACAACGUCAAAAUACGAGAGCUGAAAGCACUGUACCACUGCGGCAUAUGUGGCUACGCAACGCUAAAGAAGGAUGCAAUGCAGACUCACUCGCUCACACACAAGAGGCCAGAGCAGCCGGUACCGAAGAGACAGUGCAUGCCAUGCCCAAGCUGUAACGUUAAGGAGAAAUUUAUAAAGUGUCCGGAGUGUAGUUAUUAUACUAAGAGGCAGGCGAGUCUGAAGAUACAUAUGAGCAUUCAUAUGAAGGAAAAGCCUUACAAGUGCACGGAGUGUGAUCACCGUGUGAAAACUCUGAAGGAAUUAAUACAACACUUCAAAACCAGAUGUCACCUAUGCAACUGUUCGAAGGCGAAUGGCGGCCUGGUGCGGCACUCGAUGCAAUGUAUUAUGAAAUUAAACACGUGAUUUAUAUUACCUACUUGUUUCAUUUGG